GGGAGUGGAGGAGAUAUUUCACAAAUCGAAUCAUUGAGAAGCCAAACUACAAGCCCUUGCAUCCCCCUGUCUUGGUACGCUCAAUCUCAAUCUCAGAUCUCCUUUUAUUUUUAUAUUCACCUUUCCCUUUCGAUCUUCAUCAGAUUUUUUUUUUUUUUUUUUUUUUUCACAUGCAACUCCAUUGUUUCCGGCCCAGGUUGUAAAAGCUAAAAGUGCUGUAAGCAAUGGGGUAUAUAGGUGCUCAUGGUAUUAAUGCACUACAUAAAUACAAGUACAGUGGAGUUGAUCACUCUUAUGUUUCAAAAUAUGUCUUACAACCUUUUUGGACUCGAUUUGUUACUCUCUUCCCUCUUUGGAUGCCGCCUAAUAUGAUUACUCUUACGGGAUUCAUGUUCUUGCUGGUCUCUGCAGUGCUUGGCUAUAUAUAUUCACCUCAUUUGGAUUCUCCACCACCAAGAUGGGUUCAUUUCGCUCAUGGACUACUUCUUUUCUUGUACCAGACCUUUGACGCCGUUGACGGAAAACAAGCAAGAAGAACAAGCUCUUCUAGUCCAUUAGGAGAACUUUUUGAUCACGGAUGUGAUGCUCUUGCAUGUGCGUUGGAGGCCUUGGCUUUCGGGAGCACUGCUAUGUGUGGAAGAAAUACAUUUUGGUUCUGGGUAAUUUCGGCUGUUCCAUUUUAUGGUGCAACUUGGGAACACUAUUUCACCAACACCUUAAUUCUUCCAGCUGUAAAUGGACCAACAGAGGGUCUCAUGCUGAUAUAUAUGGCACACUUCUUUACAUCUAUAGUUGGUGCGGAGUGGUGGGCCCAGGCUUUUGGGAAAUCUUUUCCCCUUCUGAGUUGGGUUCCGUUUAUAAAUGGAAUCCCUACUUCUGAAGUUGUUUUGUUGUUUAUGGUGUUAUUUGCUGUUAUACCUACUGUCUCAUUCAACGUACAGAACGUUUAUAAGGUUGUACAAUCGAGAAAAGGAAGCAUGCUAAAUGCAUUGGCUAUGCUUGUCCCAUUUUGUGUGCUACUGGCCGUAAUUAUUCUCUGGGAUUUUAUGUCUCCAUCUGAUUUAAUUGGAAACUACCCACACAUGGUUGUGAUGGGAACUGGACUCGCAUUUGGAUUUCUCGUGGGACGGAUGGUAUUGGCUCACUUGUGUGAUGAACCCAAGGGAUUGAAAACCGGAAUGUCCACCUCGUUGUUUUAUCUUCCGCUUGCAAUUGCAAAUACGCUUACCGCCCGGUUAAAUGAUGGAGUUCCGUUAAUUGAUGAGAAAUGGGUGCUUCUCGGUUUCUGUAUAUACACAGCUGUACUGUAUCUGCAUUUUGCCACAUCAGUCAUUCAUGAAAUAACAACAGCUCUUGGAAUCUACUGUUUUAGAAUCGCAAAGAAAAAGGCCUGAGACAUGUUCAUGUUCGAUAUGAAGGUUACUUUCACCGCACAAAUUGGAAUUGGAUAUCCUUAUGUCUUAUUGGUGGUUGUAGUCUAGUGUUUAGAUGCAAGUGUUUUACUUCUUUCAACCCAAUGGUGGGUGACACAGUUCUGUUCAGGGAUUUUGAUAUUUUAUUUAUAGUUAUAUAAUUGUCCUUUUUGCGAUUUCUAAAAGCAGAUUGUUAGAAGAGUUGAACCGUAAAUCUGGAUCCUGUGUUGUAUUAAUUAUGACAUGCGGUUUGGUAUUUCGGUUAAAGUUGAGCAUGAAUGUUAUAAGUGA